CUGCAGAGUUCACUGGUGGUAGCAGCCACCUAGUGUUUGCAGGAAGCAGACAGCUGAGAAUGAGUUUCAGGUUUAAUGUUUAAACUGUGGUUCUGUAUUCACUGCUCAUAGAUAAGGCAGCUGACUCACCUGUGCAGACAGAGGAGAGCAGCCAUUUUAACAGUCGCAUGUCUCUCAGAAAACAGCACAGAACUGAGGAGAGUGCUCCUGGUUACCUCAACAGCAGCCUCCGUGGACAAGGUUCCUCUGCAGACAACAGCAUGCCAGCAUCACCACAUCUACCUUCCUAGUUAAUAGUGAUUAAACACAAGAAAACAAAUCCUUUAAAGAACUAGAAUGACUUCGGAAGACCUACCUUCUUACUCCAGGGCCACUCAGAGCCAGAGGAGGCCAGUUGUCUACCUGGACGAUGACCUGGAUGAACCUUUAACCUUCCAAAGGCAAGUUUUGCCAUCGCAGUUUUUAAAGCAGACCUCUCCGAGGGUCCAGGAUUGUGACAGCGAUUCCAGCGAGGCCCCCCCUCUCCCGAGCACUCCCCCCGUCGGGAAUGUGAACAGCUUCAAAGCCGGAGGAACGGCCAGAACGAACAGAAAACUGAUACCACAAUCCUGGGGCAACUUCUUCAGGAAGUGGAAGAAGAGAGGCCAUUCCCAGCAGGAUUCUUCUGAGAACUUCCUGCCAGACGGAAGUGGGGGUACCCCCCCGUUAAGCCCUCUCAUGGAUCGCAGGAACUUUGGGGAGUACGGGGCCAAGCUGGACACCUGGGGGUCAAGCGUGUCGAAAGAACUUCUGCCUCCCUUCCCGGAUAGCUACACCGUGGACUACGACCAGGAGACCCCUUCGGUCUUCAGAGACCCCUUCGAGCCCACCGCAGACAGCAUCCAUCCGGCGGAGUAUUACGCGGAGAAGAUGGAGGUCUACCAGCAGAAAUACUCCUACAUGAAGUCCUGGCCUGGGCUGCUCAGAUUGUUGGCUGGGAUUGAGCUGAUCUUCGGAGGGAUGGUGUUUGCCUGUGUCUGCGCCAACAUCCAAAAAGACAACCAAUGGUACAACCUCUAUGGCUACCAAGCCCAAAGCUACAGCUAUGGCGGGUAUUAUGGGGGAGCAGGGGGGUACAACUAUAACGGGCCCAUGACCCCCUUUGUGUUGGUGGUGGUCGGUCUGGCUUGGCUUCUGACGAUCAUUUUGCUAGUGCUGGGGUUGACCAUGUACUACAGGACCAUCCUCCUGGACUCCCACUGGUGGCCUCUAACGGAGUUUGUGAUCAACCUGGUGAUGUUCCUCUUGUACAUGGCAGCAGGGAUCGUGUACAUCAAUGACAUGAACCGCGGGGGGAUGUGCUACCUAACCCUCGGAAACAACCCGCUGCUGUCCAACUUCUGCAGGGCGGAUGGGAGCCAGAUAGCCGGCACUGCCUUCCUGUUCAUCAACAUGCUGAUGUAUCUCAUCAGCGGCAUCGUCUGUCUGAAGAUGUGGAGGCACGAGGCCGACAGGAGGCAUGCGGCGGUGUUUGGAUACGAGUUCCAGCCGCCCCCGUCUCCUGUCAGAUCCAGAUCCAAGAGGAUCGUGUUUGAGGACGAGCUGAGCCACGCUGGACGAGCCACCAACCAGAUCCACUUCUCCGAGAAGGGAGACAACCAGGCUACCCUGAACUGGUCCAUCCCCACCGGACACAUCCCCAAACCCCACGUCAUCCCUGACUACCUCAUUAAGUACACAGAGAUCCAUUCUCCAGAGGACCGGGAGCAGUACAAGGCAGUCUUCAAUGACGUGUACCCUGAGUACAAAGAGCUACACGCCGAUAUUCAAGCCAUGCAGAGGAAAUUCACCCAGAUGGAUGCCAUGAUGGGCAAGCUUCUACACAACACAGACAACCCCCAAGAGCACGAGAGAAUCAAGAGGGUAAUGAAGGAGUACCAAAAGAAAAAGAAUGACUCUGUUGUCUUGGAGAAAAAGGAACGCUGUGAAUACUUGAAGGAAAAGCUGAGCCACAUCAAGGGGAGGAUCCAGGAGUUCGAUCGGAAGAACAUGGGCGGCAGUGCCGGCCAGUCAAUCAUGUCGCGCUAUGACAGCCCGCCCAUGUACAGCCCCCCUUACUCCCUGAACGGAUACGGACCCCCAGGGGAGCACCUGGACCCGCGCUCCCUCCCUCCCGAGUCCUACUACAUUCAGGACCAGCCCCAGCACUUCUUCAAGUGGAGCUCCCCACCAGGGAUCAUGAAGAUCCUGGAGGCCAUCAGCCUGCUGCUGUGCUUGGGGAUAUUCGCCUGCGUGGCGUCCACCCUGGCCUGGGACAUGGGGUACGGCGGGGGCAUGGGCCUGGGCAUGGGCAUGGGGGGUUAUGGGAUGGGCGGGUACGGGGGCUACGGCGGCGGCUACGGCGGGGGCUACGGUGGGGGCUACGGCGGAGGCUAUGGUGGAGGCUAUGGUGGCUACGGUGGCUAUGGAUCCUCCACCAGCCCCCAGGCCGCCAAGGGCUUCAUGAUCGCGAUGGCGGCCAUCACUUUCAUCGAGGCCCUGGCGGUCUUUGUCGUGAUCGUCUCCAAGUCACAGAGCUCCCGCGGCCGCAAGUUCUACCUGCUGGUGAUGGUGUUCAGCGGCCUGCUGGCGGGACUGGAGCUGAUCGCCACCUUCGUCUUCAUCGUUGGCGUCAACCCCAUGGCCCAGAGCUCCACCUCCAUGUACUACAGCCAGGUGAUGAUGAUGUGCCAGUCCGUGUACAACUCGGGGAGCUUGGUCAACCAGUACCUCUACCACUACUGCGUUGUGGAUCCCCAGGAGGCCGUGGCUAUGGUGGGUGGUUUCCUGGUGGCUUUCGCACAGGCUCUCAUCAUCUUCUUCGCCCACCGGACGCGCAGCAAGAUCUGGCGCUACGGCAAGCACAACAUCUACUGGGACAAGCCUGUAAGCGCAGGGCUGGAGGAGGGACGCGAUGUGGAGGACUGGGUUAACAAUGUGCAGGACGGGAACAGCACUCACGCUGAGACAGUGGAGUACUCCGAGAAGGUCAACAUGAUCAGCAACAGCACCCCAGUGAAGGCCAGCAGCUACUUCAGCUCUGGCACCUACACUGAUGGCAGUUUCCCGGCCACGACUCCCUUGGACCGCCCCCCAGAGUACACGGGACCGGUGGUCAGCUCCAGCCCCUCGGAGGAGGAGGGCAGGGGGGUGAGGCGCCCCGCAGCCAGGAGAGGAAAGAAGAAGCGACGCAGGAACCCCGAGCUGGACGAGUCCCAGUACGAGACGGAGUACACCACUGGAGCAGACACCUGCGACGAGCUGGACCAAGGGGAGUGGGAGAGCCUGUACCCCCCGAUCAGGACAGACCAGGAGCGGCAGGAGUACAAGCGGGAGUUCGACUCGGACCUGAAGGUGUACAAGCGGCUGUGUGCUGAGAUGGACGACGUCAACGACCAGAUGAACCAGCUGAGCCGGCAGCUGGACAGCUUGCAGGAGGGCAGCCCCCAGUACCAGGGAGUGGCUGAGGAGUAUAACCGACUGAAGGACCUGAAACAGACCCCUGACUACCAAGCCAACAAGCUGCAAUGCAGGCAGCUACGAAGCAAGCUGUUUCACAUCAAGAGCCUGGUGAACAACUACGACAAACAGCGCCCCUAGUGGGCACUCGAGGAACCAGAGAGCCGCAGCUUCAAACCCACCUCUGCCUGAGGGAGGCAAGGCUUUGUAAAUAGAUACCAUUGAGAAACUCUUGGGGUGGGUCUGACACAGCGUGCCCCUUCAAACCGAUCCAGCCACUAGUCCCGUUCAGAUCUCUGCGUGUGACCGCGUUCUCUCCAUCCCGAUGAGGUCACAGCAUCGGAGCCACGCCCUUUUAAUUGCAGAGCCCUAAAAUAAAAAGCACUUUGACCUGACUUUUAAAGUCACCCCCUCGCCCCAAUUGUGUAUACGACUAUGUACACAGUAUGCAUGUUUUUCAUCUUGUUAAGGAGUCAUUUUUGGUCACACCCACAAUCUCUUUGGCUCAAGUAAAAGGAAACAAGGCUGCUGAGCGAGUAGAUUAUGAGCCUCACUCUUUUUUAGUUUAUCAUGUUUUUCCAAUGCUUGUGCGAUGCAAUCAUCGUGCUUAUCUGUGAUUCACCGUGUGUGCACAGUGCGUUACCAUACUUUGCUAUGCAAGCAAAACGAAUCGAGGUUGUGACUUUAACAAAUGAACAAGGGUGCAGUUUUGCUGUAAUUCUGUAACAUUAAACUCAGCUGCUAUCCUUGGGUCCUCAAGCCUGCAGCUGUCAAACGUGUCACCAUGGCAUUAGCAGGACAGGAUCCAAAGGUUUGCACUUCCAAAAUGUACGAAGCUUGCAAAGGAGUAAUGAAAACACACAGAAGCUUAAUGGGCAAAACAACUGAACAAAAAGCUGAACAAAGUUUGAGUUCAGAUUGCAUCCUAUCCAGAUCAAACUCCACAUGUACAGAGCAGCUGGAUUGCCAAAUUGCUGCCAUAUCUCGCUAUUUUGAUGAAGGAGGUUAAAGUCAUGGUUGUUUUGACUGUGGUAGCUUCUGUUUCUGAUACCGGGGCAAGGCUGCCGUCCUUCAGAUUCAUGCUCCUUAUACUUGAUCAUUAAUUUACUAGCCCAACUUUGCUUAUCUUCUGAGAUCUUUCAAGGUAAAACAGUUUAUUGUACAGCGUGCAACAUUCAGACAAGGCUACUGUAGUUCAUUCUCCUAUUUCCACAAACAAGAAUAGUGCAGAGAUUCUUAUAAAGUUAUCUUAUUAUAAUUCUGCAACGUGCACAAGUGAAAAGAAACGAAAGCGCGUGGGGAAAAUGUUACGCAAAGCAGGCUCAAAACCUAAAGGUAUUUUUGUUUUGUUUUAUCAAGAUAUUUUGACAAGAGACAAAUCCUAUGUAUUGCCCAGCACUUUGAACCAUUAUCCAGGUUUCGGUACGAGUCUUCGUUGUAUGUGUUCUAUACAAGUGCUGUAUGGGUUCUGUUAUGCAAGCUCAGGUAGGAGUUUAUUGAAGUUUGUUAUAAAACCUGGAAUGGCUCAAACAACUGCGAUGCAACUGGAAUCAUGUUGCCAACCCUGGGGUCUUUUUUAUAUAUAAAAACAUUUAUCUUCAGUAUUGAUUCCCUUUUUUUUUGUAAUCCUAGAAAAAUCAGUUAUAAAACAUAAUUCCAACAUUAAAGAACACUAAUACAGUAAUACAGUAAACUUAACUUUACUACUGUAUAAAGAAAGCUUGUAUUUUUUAUAUAUAUAAUUGCUUAAAAGAGUUGAAGACAAUAUAACACUGGUAGAUCUGUGUUUAAACAUUACACUCUGAUUGUAUAUUAGAAUAGCGGACCAUUUUUAUAUUAUGAAGCGAAAAUUUCAAUCUGAGCUCUACAGUAACAAAAACUACAUUUAUAAUUAUAUAUAUGUAUAUAUAUAUAUAUAUAUAUAUAUAUAUAUAUAUAUAUAUAUAUAUAUAUAUAUAUAAUCAAAGCUGCAAACAGGGAUCAUAAGAUACAGUGAUGCAUUUGUUUGACAUUCAUGUAGUUCAAUGAUAGAAACAGGUUGUGCAGUGAGAUCAUUUUAUUAUUUACGAUAAGAUUAUUGCAAUUUGAAUGCAAAUGUUGUGUUUCGAUCACAAAAUACAAUAGGUUGGAUUCUAUUUUGCCAUCAAACUCUAUAAUGCUUUGGGUUUUUUUUUUCAAAGCUCCCAGUGCAAUUAUUUUGAUUUUGGAGAUGAAGAAAAAAAAAAAAUGGUGAAAAUGUGAAAGUUUGAUGUAAAAAGCGUCUCACUGUUCUGCACAUUUAAAAAUAAUCAAAAGACAGCGCAUUCAUUGUGUAAGCAGAAGAAACCCAAGCAUUACUGAUUGCAGAUGAAAUUCCGAUGUACAUUUUCAAACUGAUCAGCGCAAAGAUCUUUGUAAAUAAAACAUUAUGAAAAAUGUU